UUGGGACAGCUGCUCUACUGGGGUAAGCAAGGCUUGAAAAGAAACUUAAAAGCAGCUUUUGAAUAUUAUGAACAAGCAGCUCAAGAUACCGACGACCCUUCUGCUUUGUAUGAUUAUGGAAUAACUUUGAUGAAGGUAUUACAUUCGCCAAGAAGGUGCAGAAAAUAAGAAGAAAGCUGUUGAAUAUUUCGAACGAUCGAAUGAAUUGAAUAAUGUCGACGCAGCUUAUAAUCUUGGACAUAUGCAUCAAAUCGGAGAUUACCCAGGAGAAAAACGCAACAUGAAAAAAGCUUUCGAACUUUUCUACAAAGCUGCUGCGCGUGGUCAUGUAGAAUCAGCAGUCAGGAUCAGUUACCUAAUGGCUUGUGGAAUUCGUGAUUUUGUACAUCGAGGAAUUCAAAGUGCUUGCUUUUGGGCAAAACCUGUUUCGGAGAUGAGUCCGGUGAUGGGUGAAAUUAUCAGAGAAGCAUUGCAGGCGUUCCGGUCGCAAUCAUGGACAAAAUCGACUCUUCUGUAUCUGGUUGCUGCAGAAACUGGAUUCGAACCGGCGCAAUACAACACGGCAUUCCUGGUUGACGAAGAUCAGAGUAAACUUAUCCGAAAAAAUGUUGGCAGAGAUUGUAUAUGGAGAUUUUACAAUGCAAGUGCACACCAUUACGACCCUCCACCGUAUGCUUUAAAUAAGAUGGGAGACUAUUAUUACUACGGGCAUUCUGGAAAACAAGAUUUAGAAAAGGCAAUUCAAUACUAUGUAGUUGCAACUAAGAUGAGAGAUCCACAGGCUAUUUUCAACAUGGCGUUCAUUCUCGAAAAACAUGGAGAUUCAGUCAGCAACGACACUCUGAAACUUCUCGGAUUGCCCGAUAAAGUUUUGAAGAGAAGAGAAGAUACGAUUGUGGAACUUUAUCAAAUAUGUAGUGAUUUAGGUUCAGAAGUAAACUCCAUGCCGUGUUAUAUGGGAUUGAUUCGGAUGAAGGCUUUAGUUAUGUGGAAAUAUUCUUCGUUUUUAACAAAGGUUGCUGUGACCGUGAUUGUCAUUAUUGCCAGCAGCCUUCUAAUUUUUGCUUCCACGUUUUUACGUCAUCAACGCCAUACUGACAAUCUCGUGCUGACAGAGCAGGGAACAGUUGAAGAUGGAGAUGUAACGAUAAGAACAAGACUUUUACAAGAAGAAAUAAUUGAACACGAAACCUGUCGUAAAGUGUCAAAAAUUAAAGGUAUCGAAGAUUCUGAUGACGCUGAAAGUCGUCUGCGUCGAAAGUCAAAUAAAGAAACAACUGUAGUCGAAAACGGUGGUAGUGAAUUAAUUUGCACUGAAGUUGGGGAAGCCGAUAGCGUUACUCAGUCAAACGAAACUUUAAUAAAAAGAGGAAAAUGUGCGCUUGAAGAAUCUUCCGAGGACGAAAACGAAGAGCAAGACGUUAGUGUUCUAACAGUAAAAGAUCAAAGCAAAGCUAAUGGUGACUUGUUAGAACCCAUUGUGGAAGAUAUUGGCACAUGCACACAGGAUGAUGCUGAAAGUAGGGACAAUAAAAAGGAUCAAUGAUUUGAGCUCAGAUUAUGUGUACUGUGUACUAUGUAUAUUUUAAAACCCUUGCGAAACUGAAAUAGUGCACUAACAUUUCGCGCCUUAUGUACGUUAUAUAAUUCCACAAUUGGUAACUUGUGCUCCUAAUAAAUGUUGUAUAUAUAUGAGAAAUAUAAAGUGAUUGUGGAUAUGUUUCUCUUUUAGUGUAUUUAUUUUUGCUAGCGUUUAGUUUACCAACAAUAAAUCUUCAUUGCCACUGUCUUUAGUCUGAACAAGUGUUGUGUGCGAGCAGGUCAAGGUUCAA